AUGGGUGUCCAAAUUGGAGAAGAAAAAAUGGUGAGAACUCGUGGUGCUUCCUCCAAGAAGAUCCCUGCUUCUCAAUCUCGAAAGGUGCCAUCUCCUUCGCCUCCUCCAUCUGUGUCAACGGUGCCUCUUUCUGUUCCAGCAGCUGCCACAUCUGUUGGGAAAACUUGCAAAUCCAAGGCAUGCAAGAAGGUGUUCUCCCUCUCUGAUGAACAUCCCAUGGUGUUUCCAGAUAUCUCAGCUGACAUUGUCGAUGUUGCACCACCAUCUGAAGUGGUGGUGCCCUCUCGAGCCAAGGACCCAUCUCCUCUUCCGAUUGAUUCAUCUCUGGCGGCUAGGGCAAAAUCAAAAUCUGUUUCAUCUUCUUCCAAAGUUGUUGCUGCUGGGUUGCUCAAAUUGCCCUUGAAGUCGAGCCAGUCCAAGAAAAAUUAUGUAACUCCCAAAAGGAAAUUGGGGUUGGACACGUCUUCUUCCCCCUUGUCUGCUGCCAAGAAAAGAUUGAAGGCUCAUCCCCCUUCUCUGUCUUCCUCCGAAUCUAACCCUGAGGAAGAAAAGUCUGAAUCUAAAGCAACCUGUGAUACCACCUUAUCUGAUGAAACGGUUCCUGACAAUGCAGAAUCAGAGGCUGAGUCUGAUGAGCCAGAAAAAGAAGACAUUGUCCCCUCUGAACAAGAAGUCGAAUCUGACUCAGACCCAAUUGCAACUCCUUUGACAUCCAAAGCUAAAGGGAAGAGACCUAUUUCUGAUCCUACACCUUCUCCAAAACGUUCAGUCAAGGAAUUCUAUGCCAAUCUUACUAAUGAAAUUAUUGAACCUAAAUCUUCUUUGUAUAAUAAAUUAUUUGUUAGGGGCCAAUUGUUCUCUUUUUCUCCUCAAGACAUUGCCCUUGCUUUGCAUCUUCCCCUUGAUGUCAAGGAUGAUGAUGAUGUUGCCUCUCUUGACAAGGACACGGUUAUUACUGAAUUGGUAGGGCAAAAAAUGGUAUGGCCAUCUAAUACAGUCAUCUCGGUCUCUAAUCUCACCUACACUUAUGUUGUCCUCCAUAAGUUUGCCACAACGAAUUGGAAGCCCACUUCUCACACCGCAACUAUCUCCUUUGAUAUGGCUUCAUUUUUGUACAAGGUGGGGACCGGUCUUGGUAUAAAUUUGGCUUUGGUUAUUCAUGAUCAAAUCAUUGGGUUUCGCAAAGGUAAUAGGAAAAACUUGAAUCUUCCUUUUCCUCAAGUUAUUUAUAAAGUGUUGAGUAUGCAGAAAAAAGAUCUCCAACGUGAUCAAGAAGACUUGGUGGUACCCACUACUGCUACUUCCUACAAGGCCUCUGCUCCUCCUAUUGAAGCCACUGAUGCUCCAUCCACCAAGAAAGUCAAGCCCCAAUCUCUGAAGAUCACCUCGGAUGACAUUCCUCAUGCCUCCUCCUCUGUUGCCACAGAUUCAGGACUUGUUGCAACAGAAAUAGCUGCUGUUCGAGCCUCUGUUGAUUCUUUGGCUGCUCGAGUGAUGACCAUUGAAAGUUUGCAACGUUUUGUAUUGGAGGCUGUUCAAUCUCUAUCCAAAAAUCCAGUCAUUUAG